AUUAGAUUGCUCUGUUCUGCUCCACCAAAAAAAGUAGUAAACAGAAACCCUAAAAGAUUUCCACACUCAUCAAAUAAUCAACCACCUUGUUCAUCCACAGCGCCUUGUCAAAAUGAAGGUGAUAGCCGCUUUCUUGCUUGCCGUUUUGGGUGGGAACACUAACCCUUCUGCCGAUGAUUUGAAGGCUAUUCUCGGAUCAGUUGCAGCUGAGGCUGAUGAUGAUAAGAUAGAGAUGCUUUUAUCCGAAGUCAAAGGAAAAGAUAUAACCGAGCUAAUUGCAAGUGGAAGGGAGAAGCUGGCUUCAGUUCCGUCUGGUGGUGGUGGUGGUGGUGGUGUUGCUGUUGCAGCUCCUACAACCGGUGGUGGUGCUGGUGAUGCACCUGCUGCCGAGACCAAGAAAGAGGAGAAAGUUGAGGAGAAGGAAGAGUCCGAUGAUGAUAUGGGUUUCAGCCUCUUCGACUAAGCAAGUAUUGCAAAUAUCAAAGACUUCUUAUAUGCAGUUAGUAGUGGUUAUGUAGUUGGACAUGGUUUUAGUUAUUCUUGGAAUAUAGUUAAAAAUAGUGACACUUGUUAUAAUCGCGGAUUUCUGGAUUGCUGCUGCUUAUGGUUGAGUUUGCUGAAUGAUGCAGAAUACCUUAUAUUUCUAGCUAUACUUUAGUGACUGAAUAAAUCUGUGGUUUUGUUUC